GAUUUAUUCAAAACAGUCAUCAUAACAGUAUUGUUAAAUAUUUUUCCGGGUAGGAUGUAAUAUUUAGUAUAAACGGAACCACACAAACGCUCGGUCUUAAUUGAGUGCACGUUAACCAAACUAGAUUGCUCAGAUAAAGUAUUACGCGACGGUACAUUAUUUUGGUCAAUAGGGAAUGAAAAAUGUCACUUUUAAAAUGAAAAUAAUUUAGUACCUACGUAUAUUGUCCUAACACAAUAUUAACAAACUUAAACUAUAAAUAAACACCACCAGUGACACAGAAUUCUAAAAUUCGUGAAUUUAAAAUUCAGAGUGAAGUUGGUAUUAUGAUAUGGAUGUUUUGGGUGUUAAAAAAAUGAUUUGUGGCCACAAUCCAUACAUGGUAAACAACUAUUUAAAAUAUUAUCAUUAUCAUCUAUGAUCAACAAGUGGAACUGCGCUAACAUAUUAAUUCUUAUGUCCAUAACACGUGCAAUACACACUUCUUCGUAUAUGAUGCUCUUUUCACUGAUUAAACGAUAACUGUUCAGUAAAUCAAACAAGGGUGAGAGGUUGUGUAUUAUUUAAUUUAAAUAAUCUCUUUACAUGACACGAUUUGUCAAAUAAUACGCCGCUCCUUUCUAUAGAAGUUCUUCUGUUAUACAAAAAAUACGCUUCAUUAAAAAAUUAUCGUUUUUAUAAGUCGCUAUAAUAUGUUCUCAAUGGAUAAUUUCGAUUUGGAAUCGACAAUGGCUCGACAUUUCUUCGAAGGAUCACAUGCUAUGAAUGGCUCGACUUCUAGCUCCGAUUUCUAUUUUGGCGAUGACAAUAGUUCCGAUGAUAGCGAUGUCUACAGUGGAUUUAAUAGCGACCAAGAAAAUAAUGAGGAAAAAAGUCGUCACAUAAAAUCCCGCCGCUUGAAGUGUGCAUCCCAACAAGCCCAACAAAGACAAGCCGCUAACCUCAGAGAACGCCGCCGAAUGCAAAGUAUAAAUGAUGCCUUCGAGGGCUUGAGAUCACAUAUUCCAACACUUCCUUAUGAAAAAAGAUUGAGUAAAGUGGACACCUUGAAGUUGGCAAUAAGUUAUAUAACUUUCUUAGGCGAGAUGGUUCGAAAGGAUAAAAACGGAAAUGAAACUGGAUUAAGUGGACUUCAAAGAAAUUAUCAGAAAGAAGUGCCGAAGAAGAUUAUUUUGAGAGAUCGAAGUGGUGGAUCUUCACAUUCACUAUCGUGGUAUAGAAAGGGUGACCGAUACCCAGGGAGUAAAUUGUAUGCACGUGUUUGGACCCCGGAAGAUCCUCGUACAAAUCAUUUAAGUGGAAGGACAUCUGGUGGUGCUGGACACUAUGCAGGCAGCAUCAGCAGUAGAAAUAGUGAUGAAUCCCCAUCACCGACAUCGGCAAGUUUCAGUCCAAAUAGCCGUGGAUCAUUGUUCUCGCACUCAAAUGGUGGAUUGUAAGGUGAAAAUAGAAAAAUACGAAUAUACAUACAUAUUUGGUUUAAAAUUCAGUUAAGAACUUGUAGAAAUGAUUUGUAUAUUUAUUUAAUUUUCUGAAAUUCUAGUCAUGUUAACCUGUGUUAUAUGUAUGCAUCUCGCAAUAGAAUUAUAAGACUGUAGCAACUUAACAUUUUUUUUAAAUUGAGGUGAGGAGGUUGUACAAUGUACACAAUAACAUUAUUUGUAUUUAUAUAACUUACAUAUACAUAUUUUAAAUAAUUGCUGAAUAGCUAGUUGAUUUAUUUUUAUAAGGGAACUUGAUAAAAUAAUUAUUUUUUUUUAUAAUUUGGAACAGUUUGUAAAUAAACAGUUUUUCGCUGAUUCAGCAAGAAUUUUUUUUUUUUUUUAGUUACAACAGUCUUGUAAUACUAGUGCGAUAUGUAUGUAUGUACAUAAAUGUACAAUUUAUUUAGAGUCAAUAAUGAACGUAUUGUUUUUAUUUUAAGAGCUUUUUUUGUUGAAGAUUAUUCAAAAUGAAAUAAAAAUAUAAAUGUACAUAAGUAA